UGUUAUUAUUUUAAAGCUUCCUGUCACUGACAUGACAGGCUGUCAGAUAAAUGCUUCUGUAGAGCAGAGAUAAGCUGUUAAUCAGCGGGGAAACACUGCUCUGUCUCAAAUGAAUUUAUGAAAAAAUAUAUUUACGAAAUGAUUUAUUCACUUUCAUUUUCAACUAUGAAAGUGUCAAGGCUUCUAAAUUUUCAUAUUUACCUAACCAGGCCCUCAGCUAUGUCAAGAUGACUCGCUCACAGUUUGUCCAUACAGCAGCACCAAACCGGCAGGUCAUGUAUGAUGACAGCUGGGGCCCGGGAGCUCUGAUCUCCGUUACCGGCGGGUUGCGUCAUGCUGCGCCGGAGAGGUGACGCAAGAGUCCGGAGCUGUGUGUUCACGUACGCCACGCCUUCUCCCGGUGACGUUUCCUGCUUUCCAGAAGACGGUCUCUACAGGCGCAAUGAAGUCAUAGAGCAUAAACCUUCCGAGACUUUCCCUCUUCAUUAUUGGGUUGAACCUGGGACUUCUGAACACUUACAUUCGUCAGAUGAAGGAGGAAGCAGGAGUUGACCUACCCCAGGUGUUGCCCUCUGGGCCCAGUGCCUUUAUCCCAAUUGAAGAGAUUCUAGAGGAAGGGGCCGCACAGGAAGUGAUGUCAGAGGCUCUGUUGUCAGAGGGACGUGCAGACCAUAUCAAAAUGAUGAUGGGGCUACAUCCCACCUACCUGACCUGUUUUCUGCGCACCCAUGAUGCUUUGUUCCAGCUGGAUGGCCCUCUGCCUCUGUCAUGGAGACAUUUUAUAAUCAUAUUGGCGUCUGCGCGUCACCAGUGCUCGUACCUGGUGCAGCAUCACAGCUCUGCUUUUCUUCUUGCUGGUGGAGAUGAGUCCUGGCUUAGAGGACUUCACUGUGCACCUCCCAAAAUACAGCACCUGCAGACACUCAACAAACUGCUUGCACACAGACCCUGGAUCAUCACCCAGGAGCAUAUACAGGAGUUAGUUUGUCCUGGUGCAGAGGCUCGGUGGUCCCUGGCAGAACUGAUUCAGGCUAUUGUAUUGAUGAGUCAUGCCCACUCUCUGGCCUCAUUUGUUUUGGGUUGUGGUGUUCUCCCAGAGCCCGAGCAGUCUGCUGAUGAGUCUCUCCAAAUGUGUUCAGCCACAGAGUCCUGUUGUGCCCGAGACAAGGCCAGAAAUCAGCAAGAGUGGUCUGAGGCUGUGAACGAGGUUAAGCUCUUGAUGGAAAAGAUGAUGAUAGUUCAGCAGCAAGGUGAAGAAUUUACACAAGAAGAGAUGGUUACUCGCUUUGAAAGAGAAAGGACUGAGAGUUUACUGGAACCUGCUGAUGUACAGCGUUCUGUCCUUCCUGAUUGUUUCUCGAGGUUUGUUGUGGAUGCAGAUUUUACUUACCAGGAUUUUAGUCCUAGAGGAGUGCAGGCCCCCCCAACCAUGAGAGCUCAGGACUAUUCGUGGGAAGAUCAUGGUUUCUCUCUUAUGAACAGGCUGUAUGGAGAGAUGGCACAGCUUCUGGAUGAGAAAUUUCAGGUGGUGUGUGCGCUCACGUAUCACACCAUGGCCAUGCACUCGCACGUGGACACCUCAACACUCCGCAAAGCCAUCUGGAACUACAUUCACUGCAUCUACGGCAUCAGGUAUGAUGAUUACAAUUAUGGGGAAGUCAACCAGCUGUUGGAACGCAGUUUAAAAGUGUACGUUAAGACAGUGGCUUGUCACCCGGAGAAAACCACACCAAGAAUGUACUUCUCUUUUUGGAGGCAGUUUCGCCACUCAGAAAAGGUCCAUGUGAACCUGUUAUUGAUGGAGGCUCGACUGCAGGCAGCUUUACUUUAUGCUCUCAGAGCAAUUACACGCUACAUGACCUAAUAUGCACACAAGAGCAUUAAAACAAGGGACGUGUGUUAACACACAAAUUGCACACAAACACAUUUUAAAAGCACAAAGGCUCAAAAGCAAUUUAGUUUCAUUUUCUCUUUUCUUUCAAAUAUUUUUGGCUUAUUUGGGCUGGUUGAUCAGCUGCUGCUGGAUGAUAAUUGGAUUGGGGAGGCAGCGAAUUUUGCACAUGUGUUCUAUGAGUAAAUUGCAGUUGAGCUCUUUCUCUUAUCAUACUGUGAAUGUGUCUUUGCCCUGCUGCAGUAUUGUGUUCUGUAUGUUUGUGCGUUUUGAUGAAUGUUUAUAUAAGUUUGACACUAAGAACUCUACAUUGCCUAUUUCUCUCUCAGAUUGAGAGCUGAUUUAAUGUGGGGUAAGAUGGAUGAAAAAGCACAUUUUGUUGUUGGUGUUAUUUGUGCAUUUUUAUGUAUAAUAAAAUAUUUUACUAUGACA